ACGUCUCUCUCCAUAAUCCAAUUCCAUAUACUUCUCUAUAUAUAUUCCCUCAUUCACUCCAUCAUUACCCGCUCAAAAUCAAUUCACCUCUUCCAUAUCCAAAAAUCAACUACUCUCAUUCAUCACUACUAUUACCUCAUCACUCAUCAACCAAUUUUCUUCAAUGGCGGCUUCUGUAGAUAAUCGCAUCUGGACAGGCCUUGAAAAAGGUCCAAUCCACACUUUCAGGUCAACUUCAGAUAUCAUGCAUUUCAAUAUCCCCCAACCGCCAUUGCCAUUUCAUAAUUAUCAUUCCUCAAGCGAAGACGAAGACGACGAGGAGGAGAUUCAAAACUUCAACAACAACCUCAUUAUGAAAUCAAAGCAAACCACCAAAGAACUAGAACCAUCAAUCUUUGAUCCACGCGACGCUGGGACCUCUGAUCAAUGGAUCAAACGGAACACCUCAAUGCUCCGUCUGACAGGAAAACACCCCUUCAACUCAGAGCCACCACUUCAAGAACUAGUAGAACAUGGUUUUAUUACACCUGUCCCACUCCACUAUGUCCGUAACCACGGACCUGUCCCAAAAGCACAAUGGGAUAGUUGGACCAUCGAAGUAUCAGGUCUGGUCAAAAACCCGACCCAAUUCACGAUGGCCCAACUAAUCGACGACUUCCCAAGUCAUGAAUUCCCUGUUACCCUUGUAUGCGCGGGUAACCGGCGCAAGGAACAGAACAUGAUAAAACAAAGCAUUGGUUUCAACUGGGGUGCAGCUGGUAUCUCCACUUCAGUAUGGCGUGGUGUACCACUGUGCACCGUACUCAAGAGUUGUGGCAUCUUGAACCGUAACAGUGGGGCCCUCUAUGUAUGUUUUGAAGGUGCUGAGGAACUUCCAGGUGGUGGUGGAUCCAAAUAUGGAACUAGUAUCACAAGGGAGGUUGCAUUGGAUCCUUCCCGUGAUAUCAUUCUUGCAUAUAUGCAAAACGGUGACGUUUUAACACCAGAUCAUGGUUUUCCUGUUAGAAUUAUAAUACCUGGUUUCAUUGGAGGAAGAAUGGUGAAAUGGUUGAAGCGUAUUAUUGUUACUUCUAAACAAUCUGAUAAUUAUUAUCACUACAAUGAUAAUAGAGUACUUCCUUCACAUGUUGAUGCUGAGCUUGCCAAUGCUGAAGCUUGGUGGUAUAAGCCGGAGUAUAUUAUAAACGAGCUGAAUGUAAACUCUGUGAUAACAUCACCAUGCCAUGAUGAAAUACUGCCUAUCAACUCAUGCACUACUCAGAUGCCUUAUUUACUUAGAGGCUAUGCAUAUUCAGGGGGUGGUAGAAAGGUGACACGUGUUGAAGUAACAAUGGACGGUGGUGAAACAUGGCAAGUAUGCACAUUGGACCAUUCAGAAAAACCAAACAAGUACGGUAAGUACUGGUGCUGGUGCUUUUGGUCCUUGGAAGUUGAAGUGUUGGACCUUCUAGGAGCCAAGGAUAUUGCUGUACGAGCUUGGGAUGAGUCCCUCAACACCCAACCUCAGAACCUCAUUUGGAAUCUCAUGGGCAUGAUGAAUAACUGCUGGUUCAAAGUGAAAUCAAGUUUAUGCAAAGCUAACAAGGGUGAAAUUGGAAUAUUGUUUGAGCACCCAACUCAACCAGGGAACCAAUCAGGUGGCUGGAUGGCAAAAGAAAGACAGUUGGAAAAAUCAUCAGAUUCUAACUCAAUUCUCAAGAAGAGUCUCUCUUCACCCUUCAUGAUCACUAGCUCAAAAACCUACACCAUUUCUGAAGUAGAAAAACAUAAUAACGCUGAAUCAGCAUGGAUCAUUGUCCAUGGCCACGUCUAUGACUGCACACGUUUCAUCAAAGAUCACCCUGGUGGUGCCGAUAGCAUCCUCAUCAAUGCUGGCACCGAUUGUACAGAGGAGUUCGAAGCAAUCCACUCUGACAAAGCCAAGAAAAUAAUUGAGCAGUAUCGAAUAGGUGAACUCAUAACCACUGGCAGUUACUCCUCACCAGAUAUCUCAAUGCAUAACACUUCUGUUAGUGUUACCACAAAUUUGGCCCCCAUCAAGGAAAUUACGCUUCCAGUUACACCUUUACGCAGUGUUAGUGUAGCUUUAAACCCGCGUGAGAAAACCUCAUGCAAGCUUCUCUUUAAAAAGUCAAUCUCUCACGACGUUAGGCUCUUUCGUUUUGCAUUACCUUACGAGGGACAGCUCUUGGGAUUACCUGUGGGGAAGCACAUAUUCUUAUGCGCAACUAUUGAUGAGAAGUUAUGCAUGCGAGCUUACACACCAACAAGCAGCGUAGAUGAAAAGGGACAUUUUGAUCUAGUGGUUAAGAUUUACUUAAAAGGGGUGCAUCCAAAGUUCCCUAAUGGUGGCCUAAUGUCUCAACACUUGGAUUCAAUGCCUAUUGGCUCAACCUUGGAUAUAAAAGGUCCAUUAGGACACAUAGAGUAUGCUGGUAGAGGAAACUUUAUGGUUCACGGUAAGCACAAAUUUGCAAAGAGACUAGCUAUGUUGGCCGGUGGAAGUGGGAUAACACCAAUUUACCAAGUGGUUCAAGCAAUUCUAAAAGACCCAGAAGAUCUAACUGAAUUGCAUGUUGUGUAUGCUAAUCGAAGCGAGGAUGAUAUAUUGUUGAGGGAAGAGAUGGAUUCAUGGGCUAAGAAGCAUGAACAAUUCAAAGUGUGGUAUGUGGUACAAGAAAGUAAAAGAGAAGGGUGGGAAUAUAGUGUGGGGUUCAUUACUGAAAGUAUUUUGAAGCAACAUGUUCCACAGGCUUCUCCAGAUACAUUGGCGUUGGUAUGUGGCCCACCACCCAUGGUUCAGUUUGCAGUAAAGCCCAAUUUGGAGAAGUUGGGCUACGACGUUACCAACAACUUGCUACUCUUUUAAUGUCGCUGAGUACGACGCUGUAUGUAUGAUAUAUGGAUAUAUUUUGGUAGAUAAAUAAAUAAUUUUGUUAGUUUCCUUGUA